AUGGAUGAGAUCGCCCCGGAGUACGAUGUCAUCGUGCUAGGCACUGGCUUGACCGAGUGUAUUCUAUCUGGUGUGCUGAGUGUCAAGGGCAAGAAGGUGCUGCAUAUUGACCGAAACGACCACUAUGGAGGAGAAGCUGCGUCGGUGAAUCUCGAAACGCUCUUCAAGAAGUAUGGCAACUACGCAAAGGACACAGAGCCAUGGAAAGCAUACGGCCGCCCCGCAGACUGGAACAUCGAUCUGGUGCCCAAGUUCCUCAUGUCAUCCGGCGAGCUGACCAACAUCCUGGUCUCUACCGACGUGACGCGCUAUCUUGAGUUCAAGCAGGUGGCUGGAAGUUACGUGCAGCAGAACUCAGGGGCCAAGGCCACCAUUGCCAAAGUUCCCGCAGAUGCCGCCGAGGCCCUCCGUUCUCCCCUGAUGGGUAUCUUCGAGAAGCGCCGCAUGAAGACCUUCAUUGAGUGGAUUGGCACGUAUGAUGCUCAGGACCCCGGCACGCACAAGGGACUCAACAUGUCCACGACCACCAUGAUGGAGGUAUAUGACAAGUUUGGCCUCGAGGCCGGCACCCGCGACUUCAUUGGCCACGCUAUGGCCCUGUACCUGACUGACGACUACUUCACAACCCCCGGCAAGGCCCAUGAGGCCAUUGAACGUAUCCGCCUCUACGGUAACUCGGUCGCCCGCUACGGCAAGUCGCCAUACAUCUACCCCCUGUACGGUCUCGGCGAGCUGCCCCAGGGAUUCGCUCGCUUGUCUGCCAUCUACGGUGGCACUUACAUGCUGAACACCACCGUCGACGAGAUUACGUAUGACGGCGACAAGGCUACGGGCAUCAAGGCCACCAUGGCCGGCAUUGAGCCCGAGAUGAAGUUUGAGACUAAAGCCAAAAUGAUUCUUGGCGACCCGAGCUACUUCUCAAGCAAGACGAAGGUCGUUGGCCAUGUCUUGAGGGCUAUCUGCGUCCUGAAGCAUCCAUUGGCUGGCACCAGCGAUUGCGACUCUUGCCAGUUAAUCAUUCCCCAGUCCCAGGUCGGCCGCAAGAACGAUAUCUACGUUGCCUGCGUAUCUUCAGCACAUAACGUAUGCCCCAAGGGCUACUACAUUGCCAUCGUGUCCACCAUUGCCGAGUCAUCGGCCAACCACCACCUGGAGCUCCAGCCCGGUCUCGACCGUCUGGGCAAGAUUGAGGAGCAAUUUAUCGGACCCCCAAUUCCUCUUUACGAGCCUCUCGAGGACGGCACCAAGGACAAUAUCUUCAUUUCCAAGAGCUAUGACGCCACUUCCCACUUCGAGACCACCACCGACGAUGUUCGAGACAUCUACCGCCGCUGCGCUGGCGAGGAGCUCAAGGUCGAGGGCUUGCGUGAGGGUAUUCAGGUGGCUGAGGAGUAA